UUUGUGUGUUUGGAGUGAACCGUAAGUUUGGGGAUUUCAAUUGUUUGUUGAUGAUAAAGAAUAUGAUUCCAUGCAAUAUAAACAAUAGAAGUGGGAAGAGAGAGGAACAGUACUGAAUUAGGUAUAGGAGAUGGAUUUGUACGACAGCACCGGGAAUCUUGUUGAAGCUCUGACAAAUGGCGAUUCUCAGAUGAUUGCAUCGUCUAAGUGUCCUUCUCUUUUGGGUUCUAAAGACCGUGAUUAUCUCCUUUCCUCAACUGCUGAAGCCGAUCAGCAGGUAAAGAUUUCGGAUCUUGAAGGCAAGGUGAUUGGGCUUUACUUCUCGGCUAACUGGUAUCCACCAUGUAGAAACUUCAACAGCCUGUUGGUAGGCGUGUACGAGAAGCUGAAGAGCAAUGGGUGUAAUUUCGAGGUUGUUUUCGUGUCAUCCGACGAAGAUCUGGGUGCCUUCAACGGUUACCGGGAAAGCAUGCCUUGGCUUUCGAUUCCAUAUUCUGAUUUAGAGACAAAGAAAACGUUGAAUCGACAAUUCGACGUCGAAGGCAUUCCUUGCUUGAUUAUUUUGCAGCCCGAUGGUUCGAUUUUGCAUGAUGGUGUAGAAAUAAUUUACAAGUAUGGCGUUGAAGCCUUCCCAUUUACUAAAGAGAAGUUAGAGGAGUUGCAAAGGGAAGAGAGGAUGAAGCAUGAGAGUCAGACCUUGACUAAUUUAUUAACCAACUCUGGAAGAGACUAUCUUUUGGAUCCAACCUUAACCAGAAAGGUGCCAAUUGAUUCCUUGAUAGGUAAGACAGUGGGGCUGUAUUUCUCGGCGCAAUGGUGCAUUCCAUGUGCCAAGUUUACUCCCAGGCUGAUAUCCAUCUACCACAAAAUCAAGCAAAGCUUGGAAGAGAAAGGACGCGGCGACGAUUUUGAGAUCGUUUUCGUGUCGUGCGAUCGAGAUCAAAGCUCCUUCGUCUCGUACUAUGCUACCAUGCCAUGGCUAGCGUUGCCUUUUGGAGAACCGACGAUAAGAAACCUUGCGAAAUAUUUCGACGUGCAAGGCAUCCCGUGCUUGAUAAUCAUAGGGCCCGACGGCAAAACCGUGACCAAGCAAGGCAGGAACCUUAUAAAUCUGUACCAGGAAAAUGCAUAUCCUUUCACGGAUGCGAAACUGGAGUUGCUUGUGAAAGAAAUGGAGGAGGCAGCCAAGAGAUUACCGAGAACCGAUUAUCAUGCGGGUCAUCGUCAUGAGCUUACUUUGGUAUCCGAAGGCAAUGGAGGAGGCCCGUUUAUAUGCUGCGAUUGUGACGAGCAAGGUUCUGGUUGGGCUUACCAGUGUUUGGGGUGUGGCUACGAGGUGCACCCAAGGUGCAUGAGAGCCGUGGACCCUGGAUCGGUUGAACAAAGAUGAGCUUUGAGCUGGCGUUUAUAAAUGCCAAAAUUAUUACUGAUUUAGCUUUGAUAUAUGUUAUUAUAGCUAAUGAGCUAAUGCCAUGAAAAUUAUAUUGUAUAACAUCGUGUACUUUUAUAAUUAAUUAAUAAUUAUAGGGUUAAAUGUA